GUGGAAGGUGAGGUUGUCUUAUGCAAGUGAAUUUCUCAUGAAAAAGACAGACUGUGGACUUUUAUUACCAUAGCGUAACGUUCUUUAACCGUUUUCCCACGAUGGCGGCCAAAGUACGAAACGAGUGUGGAAGGAAAGUCACACAGAUUGUGCAUCUUGCUGAAGAGGUUGUCCACCUUCUUGAAGAUGGUUUGUUGUCAGAGGUUCAAUACGAACUCGCACUCCCUGGACAAGCGAAUGGAGAGGCCUUGGAAGAAAAAGCUUCACAGCUUUGCAAAGCCAAAAAUGUCAUCGCCAUGUUACCAUUCAGCGUGUGGAGAGAACUAAUGAUUAAGCUAGAUCCAUUGCGUCCAUUGAAAGGUGAUUUUCGUGACCUCGCCGACAAGAUGGGCUUUGAUGUGAAGAGAAUUUUCAAGUUUCAGGCGAUGCCUAGUCCAACGCAAGCAGUUCUGAAAGGCUGCAUGAAUUCAACCAUAGAUGACCUAAUGGUUAAACUAGAAGAAAUUGGAAGAGACGAUGCAAAACGAGACGUUGAAAGGUGGAUAAGGGCAAAUUGCCAAUGUGCAAGGUGCCACAAUUAACUGGAUCGAUUUGUUUACUAAACUCUUUCUAGUAUAUUGUACUUAGUUUCAUUACUCUUGCCUCGCAUUAUGUAACAUAUUUCUGUAUGACAAAACCUCAUCUUUGCCCCUUUUUUCAAAAUAUAGUUUCACUUCUUUCGUCUUCAGUUUCUUCAUGGAACAGGGAUAUCAAAAACAAAAAUCUCUGCAAUUGAGGAAGUAUCGAUCUUCAUGAGUUCGACUGUAACUCUCACUGUUAUUCAUUGACGCCGUGGAUAUGUUCUUAAUGUUCGAAGAAGGCCUUCUAGUGAAGCUGGUUACACUAAUGUCUA